AUGUCGUCGUCUUGCUCGUCCUUGAUCGUAUUGUUUCUGCUUGUUGUUAACGGUAGCCCCUCGUUGCUCAAUAAUUACAUUAUUGGUAAGGCUCACCGUUCUGUUUGUAAACACGGUUUGAGUUGUUGUAUUUAAUUGUCAUGUUAUUACUGUGGAAUAUAUCAAAGUACAAAAGUGAAGAUUGUAAUAGUACUUGAGUAGUAAAGUGACUUGAAAGACUAUAAUAUAAGCAACACUGUCAAAAGGUUACUUUAAGGUACCCCGGCAGUGAACUGCGAAGAGGACAACGUCUCUUUGGACAUAAUAACAGCCAAGCCUUUCGAGGGUAAUAUUUUUGUGAAGGGCAGAGCCAGAGAUGCUGAAUGUAAACAUUCCUAUCACUCCAACACCUCCCAGCCCUUCUCGUUAGGCCUCGGCAAAUGUGGCAUGCAAAGGUUAAGAUCGGUAAAACAUUACUUUACUUUAUGGGUAAAAUAAACUGUAUAUAAGUGUAAUUAUAAGUUGAAGUUUAAUGUUGUCAGGGUUAUGUAAGGAUUACUGUACCUUUUAAACAUUAACAUUUGUCUUUUGAGGUAGUACUAAUACAUUAUAAGGAGGUAACUGUAAGAAACUUAUUGUAGGCCAACCCUCGAGGAGUUAGUUUUGGCAUCACAAUCAUCGUAUCUUUCCACCCGAACGGAUUCAUAACCAAGAACGACCGUGCCUUCCAUGUAAAGUGUUUCUACAUGGAACCCGAUGAGAUUGUUACCAACACAAUCCACGUCAGGUACAGUAACGUUACAGCACUCAUUCUGGUGCAAAAAUAUAAUUUGUGUUCAGUUAAAAGAGACAUAACAUUUUGCUUCCAGCUCACUGCCAACAUACGAACUGCAGGAUGAGAUGGGUAUGCCUGUGUGCAAAUAUUCUGUCCACCUCGAGGAUGUAGAUGGAACGUUACUUAACUAUGGCAACGUUGGCGAUACGGUAAGAGAUAUACGAACUAUCAGUAAAUAUAUAUAGUGUUAUGUACAAAGUGUAUAUGUGUUCUACCUCAUGCAAGUAUUUAUAUGACAUUUUAGGUGUACCAUGUGUGGGAAUGUUCAGGACCACAGAUGGGGAUGUUGGUCAAGAAGUGUUAUGUCACCGAUGGCGAUGGAGAAGAACACUUGGUAAUCGACGAUACGGGGUAAGAUAAGACGCCUCAGUAGGUAACACUCUUUCAGAUGCUCGUCAGACUCGCUGCUACUGGAGGAAGUACGAUACGACUCGAACAAGAUGAGGGCUCACGCCCAAAGUCAAGUGUUCAAGUAUGCAGAUUCCAAUCAGAUAUUCUUUACAUGCCAGAUUCGGCUUUGUCAGCUGCAAAUGGAUAUGUGCAACAAGAUUACCGUAAUCUUUUCCCUUUGUAAUGCUUGUUUUUGUUAUGUUACAACUUGUAGUAAUUACAUUUCAUGAUUAUAUUGUAGUAGAUGUAGAUAUUGAAGAAAACACUUUUUAGCCCCCAAAGUGUGGAGCUCACAAAGACGAGCUUGACACAAUAUUGGACAAGAUAGACGUAGACUCUCUCAGCCUGGAUGACAACACUACCAGCACUGAUUUUAUCCAUCGGCCGAAGAGAAGCAUCGACAACUUCCUCGACCUAGAUGUGGCUACAGGAGAGAUGUUGGUCAUGGACAAGGAAGUACAAGAUGGCAUCGAAGAAAUAUGUCAUUCUAACAAUGUCAUGCCUUUCAUGCUUCCUGGUUUCGUGCUCACUGUGGUUUCAACCGUUUUCAUGACAUUGAUGAUCUCAAAGUUUGUGAAGAAACAAAAAGAAAUCGACUCCAGGUUUUACUAG